AACUCGUUACCCAUGUGCCCUGUCAACCUGUUUGAUCAACCCAUUUGACUCGAAACCAGCACAGCAACAUGCUAACCCCUAACCUGUCUGACUUUAUUUGCUAAUCGGAUUGGCGGGGUAGGGUUCGGGUGGGUUGGACAAAUUGAACCUGCCAACCAGAGUUUUAAUGUUGUUAAGAAUAUUUACUCAUUUGAAUGUAGACUGGUAAAACGAUGGCUUCCAUAACCCCGACGAUGUCCAUUGGCACAUUCGGGAUUCUCGAGACAAAAGCAACUAGCAAAAGUACACAUUCAUUGUCAUCUAUUUCUGCUACUCCUAUUUCAAGCCGAAAGCGAAAUGUAGCUCUGCAGAAAAGAACAAAUUCUAAGGUUAAGGCAAUGGCCAAAGAGUUGUAUUUUAACAACGAUGGUUCUGCAAUUAAGAAGCUACAAGCAGGUGUCAACAAGCUUGCUGAUUUAGUAGGUGUAACUCUUGGUCCAAAAGGACGCAAUGUAGUACUUGAAAGCAAGUAUGGAUCCCCUAAAAUUGUGAAUGAUGGUGUCACUGUCGCCAAAGAGGUGGAAUUGGAAGAUCCGGUUGAGAACAUUGGUGCCAAGCUUGUUCGCCAAGCGGCUUCAAAGACGAAUGAUUUGGCCGGUGAUGGGACAACGACAUCUGUUGUUCUCGCACAAGGUCUAAUCACCGAAGGUGUUAAGGUGGUGGCGGCUGGUGCAAACCCUGUUCAAAUAACAAGAGGAAUUGAAAGAACGACUAAAGCCCUUGUGGCAGAGCUUAAGUUGAUGUCAAAAGAAGUUGAAGAUAGUGAGCUAGCAGAUGUGGCUGCAGUGAGCGCAGGGAACAACCCUGAAGUAGGAAAUAUGAUUGCUGAAGCCAUGAGAAAAGUUGGAAGGCAAGGUAUCGUGACUCUAGAAGAAGGGAAAAGUGCUGAAAACACCUUUUAUGUUGUGGAAGGCAUGCAAUUUGACCGUGGAUACCUUUCGCUGUAUUUUGUAACAGACAAUGAGAAAAUGUCAGUUGAGUAUGAAAAUUGCAAGUUGCUUUUGGUUGACAAAAAGAUAACCAAUGCACGAGAUUUAGUCGGCGUCUUGGAAGAUGCAAUAAAAGGGGGGUACCCAAUAUUGAUUAUAGCCGAGGAUAUUGAGCAAGAAGCUCUUGCUACUCUUGUAGUGAACAAGCUACGGGGUUCAUUAAAGAUUGCAGCACUCAAGGCCCCUGGUUUUGGUGACCGCAAGAGUCAAUAUCUUGAUGAUAUUGCUACUCUUACCGGAGGAACCGUGAUCAGAGAAGAGGUGGGGUUAACCCUUGAGAAUGCUGAAAGUGAUGUUUUAGGGCAUGCUGCUAAGGUGGUGCUUAGUAAGGAUACAACCACCAUUGUUGGUGAUGGAAGCACCCAGGAAUUAGUUAAUAAAAGAGUUGCCCAGAUAAGAAACCUUCUUGAGGCAGCAGAACAGGACUACGAAAAAGAAAAGCUAAAUGAAAGAAUUGCUAAACUAUCUGGAGGAGUUGCUGUAAUUCAGGUUGGGGCCCAAACAGAGACAGAACUUAAAGAAAAAAAACUAAGAGUAGAGGAUGCCCUCAAUGCGACAAAGGCAGCCGUUGAGGAAGGCAUUGUAGUGGGGGGUGGGUGCACUCUUUUACGCCUUGCUGCAAAGGUUGAUAGUAUAAAAGAUACCUUUGACAAUGAUGAACAAAAGGUAGGAGCUGAUAUUGUUAAGAGAGCCCUUAGCUAUCCUAUGAAGUUAAUUGCAAAAAAUGCUGGUGUCAAUGGAAGCGUAGUGAUUGAGAAGGUACUGGCUAGUGAUAAUCCAAAGUUUGGUUACAAUGCUGCAACCGGAAAAUAUGAGGAUUUAAUGGCUGCUGGCAUAAUUGAUCCUACAAAGGUGGUAAGAUGUUGCUUGGAGCAUGCUUCAUCCGUUGCAAAGACAUUUCUUACAUCAGAUGCAGUGGUCGUUGCGAUCAAGGAGCCUCAAUCAAUGCCUGCUGGAAACCCCAUGGGUAACUCAGGUUAUGGUUUCUAAGGUGCUAUGGUGGUGAGAUGCGGGCAGAUGUUAGUGAAUAGGAUGGUCGGCUUAGGUAAAUUAUGUCUCCUGAUUUAGUCAAGAAAAUGCAACAGCUAUUAUAAUUGAGGUGAGGAAGGCCCUACGGUUGUCACGAUCUUACAAAUAAUUUCCGGCUCCAUUUGUUACAUUGUUAUUGUUAGAGGUAGAUGAUGUGGUUGGCAGGCAGUAGGAGAAUUUGCAAGUGUACUCAAUAUGGCCUCUUGUUAUUGAAUAAAUGAAUUAAAUUGAGUACAACUUUAGUCAAAUUUAUAUAUUUCAUCUGCA